AUGUCAGUAAAUCCAGCCAACCCUCCACGACCCGCUCUCAUUGCAACAGAUAAAGAUAGUUUUGCAUAUAUUACUACCGUAGAAAGAUGGCCAGUAAUCGUGACAAAAAUUGUCGACGAGGUUUAUAAAAGUCGUCAUUCACUUGAUCUUUCAGAGGUUGAUAAACUUAAAGAAGGCAAAGAAAUUAUUGACUCUAUAGGAGGAUUGAAAUAUCAAAUGCAACGGAAAAAGCCAUUGAUUCCAAUCGAAGAUGACGGAAAGUCGGAUAUUGGCACUUGGACACAUGUCUUCAACACUUAUUUUAAGGAUGAAAACUGGUAUUCGGCAACUUGGCUUUUCGUGGAAUGUUACUUGUAUCGUCGAAUACAUUCUAUAUUUGCGAGAACUAAACAUUGGAAAGACUACGAUCCUUUUUUUCGUCAAAAAGAAGUUGCUUUUAAAGCAUCAUUUAUUGCAGUUAUCGAAAUCGCGAAAUAUAUUGACGAAUUAAUCUAUAUUCCAAAGUUACCUGCAGAUAAUGAGAAAAUAGAUGUUGGGAGAAUUAUUUUCCAUGAACUCGUCCAAAUAUCACUUUGGGGCAAUUCCACAGAUCUAUCUUUACUUACUAAUCUUAGCAAUGAUGAUUUUAAAAAAUUGCAAGAUCUCGGAACAAAGAGGUUAAAAGAAUUAGAGAAAAAUAUUUUAGCAAAUGAUUUAGAAAAAGCAUGGAAUUAUGUAUCAGAAAAUAGUAACGCUAGAAUUGAUAUUAUUCUAGAUAAUGCGGGAUUCGAAUUCUACGUGGAUUUAGUUUUGUCAGACUGGCUAAUCCAAUCUGGAUAUGCAAAAGAGAUUCAUUUACAUGCUAAGAAAUUUCCAUGGUUUGUUUCAGAUACGACGCUGAAUGAUUUCAAUUGGCUUUUUCAAACACUUCAGAGUGAAGAUUUCUUUUCAUCAGCCUCUGAAAUGGAAAGAUCAUUUCUCAAAAAACUUUCAAAUCGGCUACAAUCUUAUAUUGCUAAUUAUCGAUUAAUCCUUACUUCUGAUUGUUUCUGGACAUCACCAUACGCUUAUUGGCACUUGGCAGAGCAAGCACCUGAUUUGUAUGCAGAUUUGUGUACGUCUAAUCUUGUAAUUUUUAAGGGUGACCUUAAUUAUAGGAAGUUGAUAUACGAUUGUAAAUGGAAAACUACUACGCCAUUUAAUGAGGCUAUUGGACCAUUAUCAAGCAUAAAAGGUUCUCCAUCUAUACUUGCCUUACGAACAAUGAAGGCAGAUGUUGUUGUUGGACUCGAAGAAGGGAUUGAGGAAAGAUUAAGUUCUAAUGAAAGUGAUUGGAUGUACUCUGGAAAAUAUGCUGUAAUUCAAUUUAAUAUGGGAAAUAAAUAG